UUCUACAUUUUCCUCCUUUCGUUUUCGUGUGACUGUUGCAACAUUGACGAGGUCAAACUCAAAGCUCGUGAAUCUGAUCGUACUUUCAAUCUACGUGAGUUUCUUCUGCUUGAACAUUCGCAAUACCAGGGGCAGUGGGUUGACAUAGCUGGCUUGUCUGCGUGGUCGACUGGAUCGUUGACUGCGGGCAGCCUGAGUAGAAUCGAUAGCGAUAAACGCUAACGACGGAACUCUAUCUCCUUAGUAGUUGCGCCCAGUGCGUGGGUUACUGUAACACAGUCUGCUGUCGUCGACACUCAACGCAGGAACGCACGGAUCACCUCUACUGGCUCUUGCUCUCUCGAUGCGCCGAAACGUCAGAGAGAGAGAGGCAGCGCAGCAUCCUUAGUUUCAGCCGGACGAUCCUCCAGCGGUGUGGCGUUGUCAUCUGGCUGGGAAGAUCAAAGUCGUUGUUGGGUAUUGCCUAUUAUCUGUCCACAGCGAUCCCUGAGUCCAGUGGACCUCAGGCCGACGUUGAGUGUUUGCACAGUUGCCAACAGGCACGAUGGGGUGUAUUGUUAGUGUGGAUGAUAAGGUGGCCAUUGAACGGAGUCGGCGGAUCGACAUGGGAUUGAAAGAGGAGGGAACGGCAGGCGAACGUGUAAAGCUACUGUUAUUAGGUGCCGGUGAGUCUGGGAAGAGCACGAUACUGAAGCAGAUCAAAAUAAUCCAUCACAAUGGCUUUAACGAUGAGGAACGUGACCUCUACAAGCCUGUAGUCUACAGUAAUACACUGCAGUCGCUGGGAUCCAUACUAAGAGCGAUGGACUACCUGGAAGUGGACUACGGACAUGCUGACCGAGUGAAUGAUGCUCUGGCAGUUUUUGAAGUUAUCGCGGACCAAGCGGAUGACCAAGCAUUCAGCAUCCAGCUGCUGGCAUCCAUGAAGCGCCUCUGGCACGACAGCGGUGUCCAGGAAUGCUUUCAGCGGUCGCGGGAGUACCAGCUGAAUGACUCGGCGAAAUACUUCUUGAACAACUUGGACCGCAUCGGCCGUCGCAACUACACGCCCACCGAUCAGGAUAUCCUGCGUACACGCGUAAAGAGCACUGGUGUAACGGAGACACACUUCUCCAUGAAGGGACUCAACUGCGUCUUGCUGGAUGUUGGCGGGCAGCGGUCGGAGCGUAAGAAGUGGAUCCACUGCUUUGAGGAUGUCACCGCGAUUUUCUUCUGCGUGGCGCUGAGUGCGUACGACCUGGUGCUUCGUGAAGAUUCUAGCGUUAACCGGAUGACCGAAAGCUUAGUGCUGUUCCGCUCCAUUCUCAACAACCGCUGGUUCGAGAAGACUUCAAUCGUGCUUUUCCUGAACAAGAAGGAUCUGUUUGAGGACAAGCUGCGCGUAUCGCCACUGUCCAUCUGCUUCCAAGAAUACACAGGAUCGAACACGUUCUACGAGGCGGCCACCUAUGUCCAGAACCAGUUUGAGCUGAUGAACGACAGCCGCUUCCAUAAGAAGGUCUACACGCACUUGACGUGUGCCACGGACACUGACCACAUGCGCUACAUCUUCGACAGUGUCAUGGAUAUACUAAUUAUGAACAAUCUGCGAGCUACAUCAUUCGCCUGAUGACCUCCGAGUCUCCAUCAGCUGCAAGCCAUUGUACUCGUCCAUUCACCCUCCCCUCCCCCUCCCCCGUAUUUGCAACUAGUGGUGUGCAACCAAGCUAGUAACAUAGUGUGCUUCCGUCACUCUGUUACUAGCCAUUUGAUAGCUUGAGCUGGUCCUCUUGAGUGCUUUUGAGGUCUUUCUAUCUGCUGCGUGCAUUCGUGCUGUACGAGGGGUCGCUCUGGCACUGUACGGCGUGCGCACAUGUUGGCGCUGGCCACGUACCGUGUGUGUGUGCUUCUAUGAUCCAGUGUGAUAUACCGAUUCCUGUAUAUCCUUUUGCGUAAUGCCACUGUACAGCCGGCCAUGUACCGGUCAGUUGCCGCCAGUGCAUUGCCUCUCGCCCACCAGCUGAUUUUACACUUGAAAGUGUUGUACUCCCCGUGAGUCCCGAAUAUCUGGCCAAUCCCGGUGCUGCGGCCGUUCUUCUUUGGGUGCUGGCUCUGCUGGCAAUGUUAUAGUGCUCUUGUAUAUUUUCUGUUAUAGAGGACAUGUCAUGUAUCAUCUUGCUGGCAAUCCUUGAGUUCCGUGACGUAAUCUGCCUUUCGUCAGUUGAAGCUCGAUGAGAAGUUUUGCGUUGUGCAGGGUGUUUUUGCAUUGAUUUUCAUUUUUACACCUCUGUGACGUUGUCAUAGCAGUGAACCAUCUUGAAGCUGGCGUCUA